UACUGCAGGGACAUCAGUGCUAAGGCAUGAACACGGUCCACAGACGGAUGAGCAUGUGGCUCUGUUCAAACUAAUGUGGAUAUUAACCUAAGCAGGCAAGCCCACAUUUUUUUCCACAUACGCAGUCAUUAUAUUUUUAGAUUAAAUUUUUUAGUCUGCACACAUGAUCAUGGAAAGUGUAAAUUAAGCUUUAGGUGUGGUUACAGAUGCAGCAGAGCACACACUCCAGAGGUGAAACACACUUGACACUUUCAGUCGCAGAGGGAAGUGAAACGCUGCUUUUUUAAGUUCUUCUCUAAAGUAACCACCACUGCCAGUCUGAGCUGUGCCAGUCUUCUCGCCACGCUGAGAUAACAAGUUACCAGGGCAGAAGAGAAGGUCGUUACCCCUGCACGUACGGCGUGUGUGUGCAUGAACCUCGUUUCAUUUGAGCAGUUGGGUUAUGCAUUUGCAUUCAUGCUGCUGAGUGCUGUGCUGGACUGGUCAUGUUGAUAACGUCACUCUGACUGGGACAAACAAACACACGGCGGGUCAGAAACAGAUAACAAGCUGACCUGUUGCACACUCUGGCUAGACAGACAGAUGCAGCCAUGAUCCUGACUGGUCGCAGUCCGUGUCUCCCCUCUCAGGCCACCGUCCGGGAGCUGUUCUUUGUGGCUCGAGACGCCAGCAUCAUCCCGGACAUCUCCUUGGAUCCUGUCCUCACCACCUUCCUCUCGCUGGACUCCUCGGCCGCGCUGCAGCAUCAGUAUGGCUUCGUACAGCGAGGGAUGAGCAGGGAGCAGCAGUCUGCGUUCGGCCUGAGCUUGACUGAAAAGCUGGGCGGCAGCAGCAGGGUCACCCAUGGAGGCGUCGGCGUCGUCGCUCUGGCUCUGUCCAUGCUUUUUGACCAGGUGGCCCAACAAGUCCGAGGACAAAGCACAACAGAGGGGAACAUGUCAUCUCAGAGCUCUCAGCCCAAGAGGAUUUUCGGUAUCAGCAGUUCUUCGAGAAUCGGUUGGAUUAUCCACAGAUACCUCCUCCUGGUUCCUGGCAUUGCCAACAACCAGGAGAAGAUGGCUGAGACAACAGAGCUCUUUGACAACUGGCUGAAACUUGAGCUGCUUGAUCACUAUGAGAGGAUGACCAACAAGAAGAGAAUGAGUUCAGUGUCCAUGCAGCAGUGGUUGGCAGGCGCCGCAUUUCAUCUGCACAUGAGAAUUCAUCAGGUGCGUCUGAACUCUGUGCCGCUGGGUUCAGCUGAGUCCCUGCGUCGGUCUUACAAGUCAGGUUUGAGUCGCCUGGUCCAGGACUACAGUACCUAUCUUUACAGAAACAUUCAGGAGACUGCACCUCCAGGACCCGGAAGAGCCAGACCCAGGACAGCCAGUGGACCAAGACAAACUAAUACAUUUAGAAUAACCAACACGACCUGCUCAGGUAAUGACCUUUUAAAUGGCACCUCAUCCGAUAAACUUAAUGAGACGACCACAGCCAACGCAACCGCGAACACACGCAGAAUUUGUAAAACUGGUGGAUCCAGUCGAGACUUUGAACUCAGUGUGCCAAAAGGACGCAAUGAGACCACUGUAAGUGUGAGAAACAGAAAGACACCCAACAGUCCUACUGGCUACAGCAGGGCUGAGGGUGUCAGCAGUCUCGGUCUCUUAGUCAUUGAGCCACAGAGGAACGUGAGUCACAAUGUGCAGCACCACCCAUGUGAGUCUCCAGCCAUACAGCAAGCUUUGGUGACUCGUAUUGUUAAUGCUCAGGACCUGGACCGGAACAGGAACUUUUUCCGGUACCCUGAAAAAGUUUUCCACAGCCUGUUUAGGCAGAGGGAUGACUUUGAGCUAAAGACAAAUUAGACAGCCGUGAAUGUUGUGGGGCUAAAUCUUUCACUAAUCACAUACAGUCCAACAAAUGAACCUUGCAUUGCGCCGAUCUCCUUCACAAACUGCCACCUCGUCAGUCACUUAGGCCAUCUUUUUUAUUUUCUGUCAGUCUGUGUGAAAGUGGGUGUCAUUCCCCUUUCUCAUGCAGAAACAGAAACAUUAUCAGUUGAAUCCCUGACAGCUGAAGGACAUGAAAAUUGGAAAGAGAGGGGAUGACACGCAGUAAAGUAUACAACAGUAAGGACUCAGCCUCAGUAUGCUGUGCACACGCUGUACCAGCUGAGCUACCAGGACGCCCCCUCCAACGCCACACCACACCACAAUAGAUGGGCUGAUUCCAGACGCUGAGGAGACGGCCUGAGGUGGAACAUCUGACCGAGUCGAGGGGGGACAACAACCUCAUCCUUCACACCUCAAUAUGUGGCUUCCCUAUAUGUCCUGACUGAUGAAAACUGUGGAGUGUGUGUGUGUGUGUGUGUGUGUGCCCUGAACCUCUGCUAUCCCACAGGACAAUAAGAUCCUGCAUCAGCAGACUGAGGAACAGCGUCUUUCCCCACUUAAACACAGAGCAGAUACCACAUGACAGAUACUUGAGUUCUGUCUCGAGUGUACUUGAGUAUAAUCACGAUAAAGAUCAUCCACACAUUCUCAAAGAAAUCAGUGACCUCAUCUGUUCAGCUGAUCCAUAACUUCAGCAGUCAGACAAGUGUUGUGGAGUAAGAAUGCAAUAUUUCCCUCUGAAAUGCAGUGCAAUGAAAGUUCCUCAAGUUUUUAUAUAAGUAUGGUAAAUGUUCCCAGUUAUUUUGUGACACUGGAAAUAAACGGAAUUUAUUUG